AUGAAGUUGCAAUGUUUUGUUAACUUUUAAGUUAUCUGUAACUAUAUUUAUACUAAUCCAAUUACCCUUACUUACGAUUUUCAUUAUUCAUUUUACAUUUAAACAUAAUUAACCCAUUAAGGAUACCGCAAACGACAGUAACAAAAAUUGUUCGACGCAAUACAAAUUCGAGAGUCAAUGGUAAUGUUUUCCCAUCUGCCAUAUCUCACGGGACUGUUGAUAAGGUAGUUUUAACGUGCGCGCGAAACUCGACGGUCGUUGUUAUGGGUUCCGACGACUUUCCUGUCGCGUUUGACGGGAGACGUUACGAUUUGCGUCGGUUCCUGAAAGACCAUCCUGGAGGUGUGAACACUUUAGAGAGAUAUAAGGGCAAAUCAAUUACACAGGCUAUGAAGAUAUUUGGACAUAGUAACAGUGCGUAUCACAUGCUUGGUGAUUUUAAAGUAGGGGAAGAAAACGGUGUUCUAACGGGCGAUAUUAGUGGCAAUGGAAGGAUCAUAACUAAGGAAGAAGAGAAUCGAGAUGAAAAGGAAAUUGCACAUUUGGAAGAAUUAGAGAGCAGACUUGACUGGUCUAUGCCUAUCUUCUGUCAAUUAGGAGCUAUCGCGUCAGACUACGACAAAUGGGUACACAGCGCUGUCUUCAGGAAUUGCAGGUUGUUCGCCAACCCUAUUAUGGAGAGUAUGACGUACACGCAAUGGUACUUAGUACCCACGUUCUGGGUGCCCAUCAUCAUAUAUUUAAUGGUGACAGUUUACUAUCAAUAUGUUAAUUGUGGAGAUUCCUGUGGCCCUGAUAGUCUUACGUCUCUCCAGUAUAUACAACAAUUGAUAAGUGGAGUUCUGCUGUGGACAAUCCUUGAAUACUCUCUGCACAGAUGGGUCUUUCAUUUCAAUCCUGGUUCAAAUCUUAACCUGAUAAGGGUUCAUUUCCUUAUACACGGAAUUCAUCAUAAGGUUCCAUUCGAUGGUCUUAGACAGGUGUUUCCACCUAUUCCUGCUGCAUUACUCGCCGCUUUGUUGUACUUUAUGCUAUAUCCGUUGGUGUCGUACCCUAUUAUAAAAUUGAUCGGUGGUUUAAUAGGUUACCUUAUCUAUGACAUGAUUCAUUACUACGUGCACCACGGCUCGCCGAAAGACGGGACGUAUCUCUACGCUAUGAAGCGAUAUCAUUCCAACCAUCAUUUUGUUAAUCAUGAUAAAGCGUUCGGCAUCAGUUCGAAAAUCUGGGAUCACGUUUUUAAGACAUUUGUACAAGUUAAGAAAUUAAGUUUUAGUUUACGUUGGUGAAUUUAUUAAUUUUUUACACAUUAGUUAAAAA